AUGGACGAACAACAGCAAGCCGUAAAAGAUGAGGCAUCAGAAGUCGCCUGGUGGAUGCGAUGGCUCGCCACAGUUGCCGGUGUUAUCGGUGGUAUCACUGCCUGUUUUGGUGGAUUCUUUGGGCUUUUCAAGGGCGCCAUCAGCCUUGAUGCGGUGGAAUUUAUAGGCUAUGCAAUUAUGCUUUUCCUAGGCUUUCUCAUUUUCGUGAUGGAGGCUACUUUUGUUUGCCGCCCAGUCACAUUUGCUCAACCGAUAAUCCAAAGAAUGGACCGAGUGAGAUUUUGGCAUCGUGGAGCAAUCUACUGCGGCCUUUCGAUGAUUUCUUACAUGAUGCUCGCUAGCAACUCGCCUUUUGGCAGCUUAGGCUCAAUAAUCGUUCCUUUCGCUACUGGCGUUUUAUAUGGAUUAAUGGCGCUUGGCCGAAAAGCUGAUCGAGAUCAGAUGCUCGCCAACGCUGCCCGAAGUGACAACUAUCAGCAGUUUGAGAAUGAAGAACCCUAA